GUAAUAUUGUCUCACAAUUAGAAUUGUCUGAUAAACAUAUAGAUGGGUUGACAAAAGAUGUAAAUGCUGCUAUUUCAUUAAGAACACAAUUAACUAAAAUUCAUCAAAUUCAUCAAAAAUUAAACAACAGGGAUGUGAAAGAAAAUCAAAGUGGUAUUCAAUGUUUAAAUACUAUUCAAAAUUCAUCUAUACAAAAUGUGGAAAAUAAUUUGAACACAGUUAAUACAUCAAGAAACCCAAAUUUUACGGUAUCAGAGGAAAGAACAAUUUCUACAUACUUUAAAAUUCAAAACAUGAAUUCUUAUGCUAAGACAAAAGGGCUACCGCAGGAAAAAGAUCAAAGACAAAAACAUUUAACACUGAAGGAGAAACUAUCAAAGGCUAAAUCUGAUGAAGAUAGCAGCUCAUCUGCACUAGAUCAAAACAAUAUUGUGCAGACAAUGGUAAAAAUGAAUCAGUUGGAUCAAAUGAAGAAUAGUGAAUUGAGUGAUUGGCUAAAAGAGCGUUCAAUUCCACAUAAUUCUAAAGGAAAGAAAAGUGUACUUAUUAAUAAAGUAUUAUCGCACAUCAAGAAUACAACAAUUUUACAGCCAUUCCGUAUGUAAAU